ACUGUAGAUUAUCAGGACAUUAUGUAUCCAGCCUGGACGUUUUGGGAGGGGGGACCAGCUGUGUGGCCGAUCUACCCAACUGGGUUAGGGCGCUGGGACCUAAUGAGUGAAGAUCUGAAACGGGCGGCUCAGCUCUGGCCCUGGGAGAAGAAAAUAUCAAAAGGUUAUUUCAGAGGAUCCAGGACGAGCCCUGAGCGAGACCCACUGAUUCUCCUGUCUCGGGAGAGUCCAGAUCUGGUAGAUGCAGAAUACACCAAGAACCAAGCCUGGAAAUCUGAGCGGGAUACGUUAGGAAGACCUCCUGCCAAAGAAGUGCCACUAGUGGAUCAUUGUGCUUUCAAGUACUUAUUUAAUUUCCGUGGGGUGGCAGCCAGUUUCCGGCUAAAGCACCUCUUCCUGUGUGGAUCUCUGGUAUUUCAUGUGGGUAAAGAAUGGCAGGAAUUCUUUUACCAUCGACUGGAGCCAUGGGUGCAUUAUGUGCCCGUCAGCCAGGAGUUGACUGAGCUACGGGAGCUCUUGCAGUUUGUGAAGGAGAAUGAUGACGAAGUAAAGAAGAUUGCAGAAAGGGGAAACCAUUUUAUGUCCCAACACCUACGAAUGGAUGAUGUGCUGAGUUACUGGAAGACGCUGCUCACUCAGUAUUCCAAGCUGCUGCAGUAUAAGGUUACGCGCCGGAAAGAGUACAGGGAAGUGACCUUACGGCCUAGACACAAUGAACUCUGACCUUUUACCGGACGAGGAAGAAUAAGCUGGACCUCACUACAUGGUUUCUUCAAUACCAAUCACAGUGCUAGGUAGACUUGCUGAGCAUCACAUGGGAUGUAGCGGUAUAUUGAAAUCCAUAAAUGCUGUGCCGGUUAUGAUGUGG